AUGACCUGUGGGGAGUGGGAGCGAAGCUUUGAGGUUUCCGAAAGACUUGUGCCAUUUGAACCUAGCGCUCUGAUUCCUUUCUAUGAUUUGCUGCGGAGUUCUGCCUUCAUGGACCCUUACCCGCCCCCUGGAACCGUAAGCCAAAGAAGCCCUUUCUUCCGCAUCCGGUUCGCCGCAGACCUCCACAGGCGCCAGGUGGCAGAAAAAAAGCAGGAAUUUUCCCACGUCUGGAAUGCUGAGCCUGCAGAUCAUCGUGCAGACAUGGUGAGAUCUAAUUGGAAACUUUUUUGCUUUAUUUUCUCAAGCUUGUGCUGUGAGUGUGGCGUUCCAAUUAGUCCAAACCCUGCCAAUGUUUGUGUGGCCUGUUUACGAAGUAAAGUUGACAUCAGCCAAGGUGUUCCGAAGCAGGUCUCCAUUUCUUUCUGCAAACAGUGCCAAAGAUAUUUUCAGCCUCCAGCAUCUUGGAUACAGUGUGCUUUAGAGUCCAGGGAGCUUCUUGCUUUGUGCUUGAAAAAAAUUAAAGCACCUCUAAGUAAGGUUCGCCUUGUCGAUGCAGGCUUUGUUUGGACUGAGCCCCAUUCCAAGAGGCUUAAAGUUAAAUUGACAAUUCAGAAAGAGGUGAUGAAUGGUGCUAUCCUUCAGCAAGUGUUUGUGGUGGACUAUGUUGUUCAGUCCCAGAUGUGUGGAGAUUGCCAUAGAGUAGAAGCUAAGGAUUUCUGGAAGGCCGUGAUUCAAGUCAGGCAGAAGACUCUUCACAAGAAAACGUUCUACUAUCUGGAACAGUUGAUUCUGAAAUAUGGAAUGCAUCAGAAUACACUGCGUAUCAAAGAGAUUCAUGAUGGUCUGGAUUUCUACUAUUCUUCAAAACAACAUGCUCAGAAGAUGGUGGAGUUUCUUCAGGGUGUGGUUCCCUGCAGAUACAAAGCAUCACAAAGAUUGAUCUCCCAAGAUAUCCAUAGUAACACAUACAAUUACAAGAGCACUUUUUCUGUUGAAAUUGUUCCAAUAUGCAAGGAUAAUGUUGUCUGCCUAUCACCAAAAUUGGCGCAGAGUCUUGGAAAUAUGAGCCAGAUAUGUAUUUGUAUUCGAGUGACUAGUGCCAUCCAUCUCAUAGACCCCAACACCCUGCAAGUGGCUGAUAUUGAUGGAAACACAUUCUGGAGUCACCCUUUCAAUAGUUUAUGCCACCCUAAACAGCUCGAAGAAUUUAUUGUGAUGGAAUGCAGCAUAGUCCGAGAUCUGAAACGAAGUGCCGGGGCUGGAGUCCUAUCAAAAAAACACACCCUUGCGGAGGUCUGGGUCCAGAAGACAUCUGAAAUGGACACAGAUAAACAGUAUUUUUGUCGGACUCACUUGGGACAUCUUUUAAAUCCUGGAGACCUGGUGCUGGGAUUUGAUUUGGCCAACUGUAACUUAAACGAUGAACAUGUCAACAAAAUGAAGUCAGAUAGAGUUCCAGAUGUGGUGUUAAUUAAGAAGAGCUAUGACCGUACGAAACGCCAGCGCCGUAGAAACUGGAAACUGAAAGAGCUUGCGAGAGACAGAGAAGACAUGGACACAGAUGACGAAAGGCAAUAUCAAGAUUUCCUUGAAGAUCUUGAAGAAGAUGAGGCAAUUAGAAAAAAUGUCAACAUUUACAGAGACUCCACCAUCCCUGUGGAGAGUGACACGGACGAUGAAGGAGCCCCUCGAAUUAGUCUGGCUGAGAUGAUUGAAGACCUUCAUAUUUCCCAAGAUGCCACUGGUGAAGAAGGUGCAUCAAUGAUGUCAUGAUGAGCCAUGGUAUAUGCUGUUUGCGAGUCUGUGACCUCAGAAGUCAGCAAAAUGAUCAUCAUUGUAUAGUACAUGCAUUCCUUUGUAUUUUGAGAGGAGAAUUUGGUCUUAAAGUUGAAUAAAUGACUAUUUUUAUUGUUCACUUACAGUAUUGAAAGGUUUCAUAGUCUGAUAGUUAGAAAAGCGCUGAGAUGGAAUGUAGUUGUUAUUGGUGUUACUGGUACUGAGGCAUCUAAUGUGCUUCCAUCAGAGGUGCCGUAGUAGUUUUACUACUUUAGUGCUGGAUUCUAAGAUCAAGUUAGGAUCCUUUGGAUAUUAACCAAACAUUAGAAUAUAAGCCAGCCUCUUACAUUUGUUUUAUGUUAAUUUCUUUGACCCACUUUAAAUCACUUUCAUAUCCUUGAGGUAGGGAAAUGAAAGUUCAGUUUAUCACAAGAGAGCUGGGAAGUUAAUCAUUUUAUUUCUACAUAGAAUUGUAUCCUUACCCUUUUUCUCCCUUCCUGGGUUUAAACCCAAGGCUUGUACUUGCAAAGUUGCUGUCCAGUCAUUAAGCUAUAACUUUAGCUCUAUAAAAAAACUUAACUGAGGGAUAUUUUAAUUUUUAUUUCGGUAGACUAAAAUGUAUUUAAGUGUGUGUAGGUUUGUAGGGAGCACAGAUUCGUUUUACAGGUUAAUUAGCAAUUUGAUUUGUUUUUUACUUUGGACAGCAGCUUAGGGUGAUAGCUUGUUUUUAUUAUAAAAAUGUCUGCCCCUUGUAUCAAGGAUAUAAUUUUUAAAUUUGGGGUUUCAAGUUGAGAAUAAACACUGUUUCUUCUGUCCA